AUGUUCUCAAACUUCAUCAUACCUCUAGUAGUAGUGGAGGUCAAGCGUGCCUUAGGAGAAGGGGGAUGUGAUGCACUUACUCAGGCAUCAUAUUCUGUUCUCAACAUGUGGAACGAAACCGCGCUAUUACCUAUUGCAGAGAAAAUUUGCUGUCCGACUUUUGUGAUUGCUGGUGGACGUCCUUAUCUUUCUGUUCUAGGUGUUGUUUGGACCGAUAGAUUCAUUGUCCAACGGCUUACUGAUAUUAUGUGGCUUGGUGAGGCGAGAACAUAUGAAGAUGGGCAUCUUUAUCAGCUCGCACGGACCUUUACAGCUCUCCGCCACUGCCAGAACUCCCUCAAUACGUUCUACGACGAUCUUCUCAUGCAUGAUGAUCUUGUGCUGAUUCCCAAUGAACCACACCCCCGCUACUUCCCGUACCCUACCUCGUUCAUUGAGCAUGGUUCCAACUCCACCACAUCUUUCAAGUAUCUCGACGUCAUGGAGGAUGACUCGACGAACGUCGCUUUCCAAGCCGAAACUAUCUCGGAUCCGCCGAAGAAGGUGAUUGUCAAAUUUGUGGAUCGGUAUGGCGUCCUUGCGCAUACAUGUUUAGCAGAUUAUGGCAUGGCUCCAAAUCUUCUAUAUUGCGGCCUCCUCAACGGUAAAGACGACUGUAGAAAUGUCAACAAUGCAUGCGACACCAAUAAAUGCAGCGGUCUGUAUGUAGGUCCGCUUAGGAUGGUGGUGAUGGACUUCAUCGAAGGGGAGAAUGCCCAGAAAACGUCUCCUGCCGCCUGGCCAUUGGAUACUCGGGCCCAGAUCAAGGAGGCACUCGCCAAUCUUCACCGUAAAGGUCUUGUAUUCGGAGACUUGCGUCCACCCAACAUCAUGUUUACUAGAUCCAAGGUGAUCCUGAUAGACUUUGAUUGGGCAGGUCCGGAGAACCAGGUGCGGUAUCCCAAGGGUCUAUCUAGUCAUGUGCAAUGGCCAGAGGGUGCCAGAGAUUUCCAGUUGAUUACCCGGGUACAUGAUAUGGCUAUGCUUGAUGCAUAUUUCCCCGAUCGCACUUAG